GCCGACUGGGUUUGAGCAGAACUCACCAAAAUAUCUGAGUAGAAACAACAAACUAAAAAAAGGCAAUUUACCGAAUAAAAAGAUGAAAAUGCAGCUUUUAACACUGUUUGUUACAACACUCUUAUUGUCUGUUGGUCAUUGUGUUGAUAGUGUUGGCGAAAAAGACAAUACCACAACAACCACAACCGCUAUUGUUCCAAAUACCACCACGGUGACUACCACCGAGAUACCAACUUCAACGAGUCCAAAUACAACAAUUCCUACAACAACAGUAACAACAACAACGCCAACUAGUCCACCAAAUACCACGACGACGACGACGACGACGACAACAACAACAACAACAAAACCUACUACGCCAACAACAUCAGUACCAACCACUACACCUGUUCCAUCGACGACAACCAGUCCCAGCACUACAACAGAAGCUCCAAAGCCAUCACACAAGUGUCCACAAUUCAGUUUCUUGUCAUUCAUCGGAGGUAUGAUCAUGUCGAUCGGAUUAGCUUUCAUUGGUGGGCUUGUAUUUAAGUUUUACAAGGCCCGGACAGACAGAAAUUACCACACUUUAUAAUUAAAUUAUGUCACAUAGGACUCGGAUACUGAUUGAAUGAGUGUUGAGACUUUUACGUUUCAUUUUCUUCUAUUUUAUUAUUUUUUUCUCGUUCUUCGACAGUUUUUUUUAAAAAUAUCAUUGAUCAAAAAUUUUAUUAUUACUAAGGACAAAAGUUUAAAAUAUUUUUAUGUCUUCUUUAAAGUAAUUUACUUUUUACCAAUGUCCAAUUUAUGUUUAUUUACGUAUCCCAAAUAUACAUUUUUAAUUACCAUGAUAAAAGAAAGAUGUAUUUGAUACUUAUCUUGAAGCUUCUAUAAAAAGUAUGUCUCGAAUAAAUUUUAAGAUGUAAGAGACUGUAAAAAUAAGUACCAUAAUCUAAUACUAAUACAUAGCAAAGAUUUUGGAGGCAUGUUAUACCUACAAUUAUGAUUUUCAAAAGUUAUCAAAAACCACUUGCAUUAAUGUCCAUUAUGAUAAAAUAUCAUUGACUUACAUUGACAUACAUAUAUGACAAUUUCGGUGCUGUGUAUUUAAAAAGGGUUUGAAAGAAUUAAUGGUUUUGAAGAAUCUACAUACCACAAAAAUAUUAGAUUUGAUGAUUCUGACUAGGGUCAGUGUAGAAAAUAAAUAUAAAUAUUAAUAUAAUGUAAACAUAAAACAUAUAAAUUCAAACUGUUGGAUCUGAUAGACAAAUAGAUUUUAACUUUUAAAUCUCUGACGAUGUGGGAAGUGCUCUUAUAUUUAGGAUAGAUUAGAACAUUCUGUUAAAUUGCACUUUUGGUUCUUGCGCUGCUGCAGACUCACAUAAAGGAAGGACUUACUUGCUCACUGAUCAUUUUCAGACAAAAAAAAAAAUGAAAAUAUAAAUGUCGCAUUAGAAUAAAUUUUCAGAGAUUCUUGUAUUAUAUAUGGAUAUUCAAAUAAAUAAAAGAGCAUUAAAUUUACUUAAAUUUUUAUUCAUAGCAUUAAGUCUCGAGAUUUAUUUAAGUGUUAAUAAAGUCUUGAAGAAAGCAAAAUA